ACCCACUCUCUCUCCCUCUCUCUCUCCAUAUUCCUUUUUUUCUCCGAAAAUGGUGGCCGGCGGUGGAAUCUCCGGGUGCUCCGACAUCAGCAGCAUCGCCGUCCACGUCAUCACAGGGAGGUGGUUCGUGGUGUUUGCUUCCCUACUAAUCAUGGCGGCAGCUGGAGCAACCUACAUGUUCAGCUUGUAUUCCAGCGACAUUAAGUCAGUUUUAGGUUACGACCAAACCACGUUGAAUUUGUUGAGUUUUUUCAAGGAUUUGGGUGCAAACGUGGGCGUUUUGUCUGGGCUUAUCAACGAGGUUACACCGCCGUGGGUGGUUCUAUCCAUCGGCGCCGUUAUGAAUUUCUUUGGUUACUUCAUGAUUUGGCUCGCCGUUACAGGAAAGAUCUCUGCCCCUAAAGUUUGGCAAAUGUGUCUCUAUAUUUGUAUUGGAGCUAAUUCUCAAUCCUUUGCCAAUACUGGUUCCCUUGUUACAUGUGUCAAGAACUUUCCCGAAAGUCGAGGCGUUGUUCUCGGUAUCUUGAAGGGCUACGUUGGGCUGAGCGGCGCCAUAAUCACACAACUCUUCCACGCUUUUUACGGCGGCGACACCAAAUCUUUAAUUCUCCUCAUCGGAUGGCUGCCGGCGGCGAUAUCCUUUGCAUUUUUACGAACAAUUCGGAUAAUGAAAGUGAUCCGACAGCCAAACGAGCUCAAAGUCUUCUACAAUUUCCUCUACAUUUCUCUAGCUCUCGCCGGAUUUCUAAUGCUAAUGAUCAUCAUAGAAAGCAAAACAGAGUUCAGUCAGAGCGGAUAUGGCGGCAGCGCCGCCGUUGUCCUUCUCCUCCUCUUCCUCCCACUCGCCGUCGUCAUCAUUGAAGAAUACAAUCUCUGGAACCUCAAAACCGCCGCCGCCACCGCCGCUGCCAUUAGAUCUCCAAAUCACCCUGUUCAAAUCGUAACAGAGAAAGUCCCAAAAACAGAGCAUCAAAAACAACCAUCAUGCUGGACAACAAUCUUCAACCCACCAGAACGCGGCGAGGAUUUCACAAUUCUCCAAGCCCUUUUCAGUGUUGACAUGUUUAUUUUAUUCUUAGCAGCAAUCUGCGGCGUCGGCGGAACAUUAACAGCCAUCGACAAUUUGGGUCAAAUCGGAAUGUCUUUAGGAUACCCAAAACAGAGCAUUAGCACAUUUGUAACACUCGUUAGCAUAUGGAAUUACCUCGGCCGAGUAACCUCUGGUUUCGUCUCUGAAAUCGUCUUAACUAAAUACAAAUUCCCUCGCCCUUUAAUGCUCUCAAUGACCCUUCUCGUGUCCUGUGUCGGCCAUUUGAUGAUAGCAUUCGAUGUCCCAAAUGGGCUUUACGUGGCUUCCAUCGUAAUCGGAUUCUGCUUCGGAGCACAGUGGCCGUUGAUUUUCGCCAUAAUUUCAGAGCUAUUUGGGCUGAAAUAUUACUCCACGCUUUACAACUUCGGGUCGGUGGCGAGCCCAAUUGGGCUUUAUGUUCUGAACGUGAAAGUGGCCGGAAAUUUCUACGACAGAGAGGCGGAGAAGCAGCUGAGAGCAAAAGGGAUUGUUAGAAAAACAGGGGAAGAGCUGAAGUGCUUUGGAGGGGAGUGUUUUAAGCUCUCGUUUCUGGUAAUCACCGGAGUUACUUUGUUGGGUAUGUUUGUUUCAUUGAUUUUAGUGAUUAGAACGAGGAGUUUCUACAAGAGUGAUAUUUAUAAGAAGUUUCGAGACGAAGCUGAAACAGAGAUAGCCGGAAAUGGCGCUGUAGUGGCCGCCGAACCGCCGGAAGAGACGAGAAAAUGAUAGGGGAGCAUGUUGGCCCGACAAGGAGAAGAAAAUUAAAAAAAAAAAAAAUCAAAAGAAAAUAUUAAACUCUAAGUUUGUUUUCAA